ACUGAAGAAAAUUUAGAAAAAAUAUUCACACAAAUAUAUGAUAAAUUAGAAAAUGGAAAAAACGAAAAAUAUAAAGAUGAUAGUGCCACUAAUGGUGAACCAAAAUAUAAAAAAUUACGUGAAGAUUGGUGGAAUACUAAUAGGAAACAUAUAUGGAAAGUAUUAGUCAAAGGCGCAGCACCAACAAGUACUCCACAAUGUUUAAAAGAAUUCGAAAGUAGUCCUCCAGAUAUUGAUUGUACCCCCCAAUUUCUGCGCUGGAUGACCGAAUGGGGAGAACACUACUGUAAAAAACAAAAAGAGGAGUAUGAGAAGGUGAAAGAUAAGUGUACGAGUUGUACUGCCACUCCUGCUACUGGUGGUGGAACAGCAACAUGUGAUAAGGAUAAAUGCACACAAUGUCACCAAGCGUGCAAUAAAUAUAAAGAGGAAGUACAAAAAUGGCUAAAUGAUUGGACAAAACAAGAAACAAAAUACCAAAAAUUAUACACCCAAGCAACACA